AUGACGUCUCUUCCACGCCUCUGCACCUCCUGACGCCAACCACCCCAAAUGCAGUGCGGCGGAGGCGUUCAAGAAGUCUCACGGGUGGCUUAGUCUCCCUAUUCCCGGCGCUAAUCGCCCACUACCUCAGCAACUUUCGCCUUUUCCACGCAUGAUUGGGCCUAAAUCCAUAUUCCCCGAGUAACUGAGCACCAUGAAUGGGAAAUAUGGGGGAUGUGGGUUUGGGAGCAUGGGCAGGAAGGCCGAAUGCAGACUUGGGCGCUUGGGUGGCGGGGGAUUGGUAUAUAUAGUGAGGAGUCUGCGAUGGAGAGGGGAUGUUGUGUGAGUGUUCUGUUAGCCUAAAGACUGAGAUAUACCACACCGGGGAUUGCAUAGACUGUUUCUCCCUUCUUCUUUUUGAAACCUUGUCGGGAUUGUUGAAGUAUCGAGGUACCGAACCGUCGACAUGGUCCAUAUGCGCACAGACAUCGGUGUUACGAAUGAGCAUGCUCAUUCCGACAAUGACAGCUAUGCGAAAGAGCUAGAGACUGAGGUAUUGAUUGUGGGUGCUGGGUUUGGAGGCAUAUAUCUUAUGCACAAGCUUCGGGAGUUGGGUUUCAAGUGUAAGAUCUAUGAAGCUGGCAAGGAACUCGGUGGAAUCUGGCAUUGGAACUGCUAUCCAGGCGCUAGGGUUGAUACCAUGGUCCCGAUCUAUGAGUACUCGAUCAAGAAAGUCUGGAAGAUACUCAUGUCACUAAACAUCGUUUGGGAUUGGAAUUGGUCGGUUAAAUACCCAGGAUACGAAGAAUUGAGGGAAUACUUCGCCCAUGUCGAGAAGGUGCUCGACAUCAAAAAGGACACCGCGUUUGAGACAAUGGUGAUAGAGGCGAAGUUCGACAAGCCUUCCAGCAAGUGGAUCGUGAGAACAGAAGAUGGCCGUACCGCACGCUCGAAGUACCUUCUGUUGGCAACAGGCUUCGCCGCAAAGCGACAUUUCCCGGACUGGAAAGGCCUCGCUUCCUUCAAGGGCGAAAUGCAUCAUUCGUCAUUCUGGCCGGAGCAAGGAGUUGAUGUGAAGGGCAAACGUGUUGCUGUGAUAGGCACUGGCUCAACCGGGGUGCAACUUGCACAGGAUACAUCAAAGACCGCUGGAUCGGUAACAGUCUUCCAAAGAACACCAAAUCUAGCGUUGCCGAUGCGACAAGGCAGCUUGAACGCGGCAGAACAAGAAGCAAGGAGGAAGGACCCAAAUUACCCCGAGGUCUACGCGAACCGCAUGACGACUUUUGCAGGCUUCCAGUAUGAUUUCGUGGAGCGAAAUACCUUCGACGACCCGCCUGAGGAGAGAGAGAGGUUCUACGAAAAGCUCUGGGAGGCCGGCGGAUUCGAAUUCUGGCUGGCAAACUACAAAGACCUGCUAUUCGAUAAGGAGGCGAAUGACCAGGCGUACCAAUUCUGGGUGAAGAAGACAAGAGCUCGGAUUCAAGAUCCACGCAAGCGCGAUAUCCUUGCUCCGUUGACAGCACCUCACGCCUGGGGCACAAAGAGACCGUCGUUGGAGCAGAACUACUACGAGCAGCUUGACAAGCCAGAGAACGAAGUGGUCGACGUCAACGCCACUCCUAUCACGGAGAUUACCGAAACAGGUAUCAAGACAGCAGACGGCAAGCUUCGCGAGUUCGACGUGAUCGCUCUGGCUACUGGGUUUGAUAGCGUAACAGGAGGUAUGAAGGGUAUGGGCUUGAAGGAUGUAGAUGGAGUCAGCCUCAGCGAGAAAUGGAAGAAUGGAACUUGGUCCUACCUGGGUAUGACUUGCAAUGGCUUCCCGAAUAUGUUCUUCCUAUACGGCGCGCAGGGCCCGACCGCGUUCAGCAAUGGGCCAAGCUGUGUCGAAUGCCAGGGCGACUGGAUCGUCGAUGCUAUGGCCAAGCUCCGAAAGGAGGGCAUUACAUACAUUGAUGCAACGAAAGAGGCGGAGGAGAGCUGGAGGAAGAACGUCACGGCGCUCUCCGACAAAACGCUCUUCCCCGGAACCUCAUCGUGGUACAUGGGAGCCAACAUUCCUGGGAAGCCCCGAGAGCAGCUGAACUAUCCGGGAGGUAUUCCAUUGUACAACAAAGAGUGUCGUGAGGCUUUAGACAACGGGUUCGCUGGCUUCAUCACGGCGUAGGGCGGUCAUUAGAUAGAACAUGGCCCAUUGUUGUGCUGUAGACAUUAUUCUCUUGUCGUACUAGUUUGCAU